AUGACUACUCAAUAUAAAAAAUUUACGAGACUAAUAGCUAAGUGGCCACUCGAUAGUACAAAAGGCGAUAGGGACUUGGGAAAGUUUAUCCGUGAUAAAGUAAAAGCAGCAUUUGAGACUACAGAAAAACAAAAUUUGGACUCUGAGCUUUGCAACCGCCAGUACAACUCUCUCAACCGAAUAGCUGAUAAUUACUAUAAAAAUAAGUACAAACGGCUUAGAACCAGCACAGCCACUGGUCUUAGUACUGAGGAGUGUAAUUUAAUACUGUCUAACGAAGUACUUGCAUACUUAAAAGAAGAGAAUAAAGAAGCUAUACAGUAUAAAGAUCAUACACCUGUUAUGCUAAAAGAAGUUACUAAAUACCUAAAGCCGGCAGAUAAUGAGUUGUAUAUUGAUAUGACAUUUGGUGCAGGUGGUCAUUCAAGGCAAAUACUAGCCUCUGCUGACUGUAGGUUGAUUACUCUAGAUAGGGAUCCCAUAGCAUAUGAAAAGGCUAAAGAGUUGGCAACAGAAUUCCCAAAUAGAGUAACACCUUUGCUUGGAAAAUUCAGCGAACUACCUUCUCUUUUAAAAGAGAUAAAUAUAAAGCAAGCCUCCAUAGAUGGUAUACUAUUUGAUUUUGGUUGCUCAUCAAUGCAGUUAGACAAUGGAGAAAGAGGUUUCUCUGUUAGUAAAAAUGGCUAUUUAGAUAUGAGAAUGGACGCCGGGAGGGAUCCGAAUCAAAUAACUGCCAGAGAAGUAUUAGCUACAGCAAACGAGCAAGAACUUUAUAAAAUAUUUAAAAUAUAUGGAGAAGAGAAGAAAGCCGCAAAAAUUGCACAAACAAUAAUACAAGCUCGGUAUAUGAUCAAGAAUAUUGAAACAACAAAAGAAUUAGUUGAUAUAGUUGACUCUUGCUGUCCAAAUGAAUUUAGGCUUGAUAAAUUACAAAGACCACAGUCGAAUGCUACAAAAGUGUUUCAAGCACUAAGAAUAUUUGUCAACAAUGAACUCAAUGAAUUAAACUAUGGCAUGGUGUUGUCAAAGUAUUAUCUGAAGCUCCAAGGUAGACUUGUUACAAUAUGUUUCCAUUCGCUUGAAGACACAAUUGUGAAAAGGCAUAUUGCUGGGAAUAUUAUUAAUGAAGUAGCAAAUCCUGUGCCACUUAGGUAUCUGAACCCAGCUGUAGUACAAGACCAAGACACAAUUAAUCAGUUCCUGGAUAGUCCAUGGAAGGCAAUUAAUAAACAUGUGGAAGUACCAUCUGAUGAGGAAGUGGAAAGAAACCCUCGAAGUAGAAGUGCAAGAUUACGAGCAGCAAUAAAGAUAAAAUAA